GCGCGUCAGAGCGGAAUAUACAGCAGGAAGAGGGAGAGACCGAGCGAGUAACUGAACAUUCAUGAUGGGGAAGUAACAGUCAAAGCAAUAGAAGAGCCUGAGGAUUGUUUUAACCAGCGUUUGUCUCAUUAUUAAAACACUUCAGCGCGAUUUUAUUUGACCUGGAGCAAAACGGAGGGAAAAUGUUUCGAAAGAAGAAGGAGUUGACGAAUAAAACGCCCUCAGCAUCCAAAAAGAGCAGCUCAGGAAACACCGGGGCGCCAAACCCUUCGCUGUCCAUUCUUCAGGAACAGUCUCACUAUGACACUAUCGACGGCCCGUGCACGUUGAGCCCUCCAGAUGCCGUCCCUUUGUCCUGCCCUGGAACACCUGCGUCCCAGUCCAUGGUGGCUGGGUGCAGUUCACCUGUCUCUACGAACAAACGGCCCACGGGUCUGAGCCGUCACGCCAGCGCCGCCGGGCUCCCCUUCCAGACUGCGGGGACGUGGGGCUUCCACAAAGGCUACGUACGGACUGCUCUCACAUACGGACAUGCGUCGGAUGGCGUGGAGACGUCGGUCAUUGAGGUGGAGGAUAUCCCCUCGCUGCUGAGAGACGUUGCACGAUUCGCCGAGGCCGUGGAGAAACUCAAGGACUUGGUGUUGGGUGAAGUGAAAGAGGAGCCGCACAACAGAUCGGCCGUUCACGAAUGUUUAGGAGAAGUUCUGCGUGUCUUGCGGCAGGUAAUCAGCACGUAUCCUCUGCUCAACACUGUGGAAACGCUCACCGCGGCAGGCACUCUUAUCUCAAAGGUCAAAGGGUUCAGUUAUGAAUGCACCACUGAUGCUCAAAAGAAAGAUUUUGAGAAGGCCAUCGAGACCGUCGCUGUGGCCUUCAGCAGCAAUGUUUCAGAGUUGUUGAUGGGAGAAAUCGACAGCACAACUCUCCUGUCAUUACCACCGACAGAAAAGAGCAGGUCUAUGGAGGAUCUGUACAGAGUGUCUUCAGCUCAGGGCUCUGAUGGAGGAGGCAAAUAUGACCAUCAGGAUUGCACAGUGAGUCCACAGGAAGUUGAUAUUCUCCUGCAGCGCAGUGAAGGCGGAGUUGACUCUGCUCUAAAUUAUGCCAAAUCGAUCGCUAAAUACAUGAAGGACAUCAUCAACUACAUCGACAAGAGAAGCGCUCUUGAGAACGAGUUUUCUAAAGGUCUUCAGCGACUCUGUCAGUCCAGCAAACAGAGCAUCACACAGGAACACAUGCCGUUGUUGUCGAUCUUCUCUCUGGCUCUUGAGCAGGACUCAGAACAGAGCUCUGGCUUACAACAGGCCACAAACAACAUGUACACACACACUUUUCUACAGCCAAUGACACAGCGCAGACAGGAACACGAGAAGAAACGCAGAGAUAUUAAGGAACACUGGCAGAGAGCCAAGAGAAAACUGGCCGAUGCAGAGAGUAACCUGCGUAAAGCGCGUCAGCUGUACACGAGUCGCUGCGAGGAGUACGAGAGAGCUCGGACGGCGGCCAAUAGAGUUGAAGAGGAACAUAGCGGAACAGGAAGUGGCUCGACCACUAAAGCUCUGGACAGGAAGAGACGACUGGAGGAGGAAGCACGCAGCAAGGCAGAGGAGGCGGAGGCAACGUAUCGCACCUGCAUCGCAGACGCCACGACUCAGCAGCAGGAGUUGGAGGACAUGAAGGUGAACGUGCUUAAACAGAUUCAGGAACUCAUCAGACAGACAGACCAGAUCCUGCGAGCGUGCACCAUCUCGUACUAUCAGAUGAUGCACAGGCAGACCGCAGCUCUGCCGGUUCAUUUCCAAACGCUGUGUGAGAGCUGUAAACUGUACGAUCCCGGUCAGCAGUAUGCCACUUACGUCAAAAACCUGCAGCUCACCACAGAACUGCCCGUACAGUACCAGUUUGAGCCGUACUCGGCCUCCGGCCACCAGCUUGUUCGGACCCGGAACAACGCCCUCUCUAGGCAGAACAGCACGGAAGCCCCACCUACUCCAGAGGAGGCGGGAUUUGGAGAAGGGGGUGUGGUUAAACCAAGACGAGGUCAAGGUAGAGAUCAUCAUCAGGCUCAUAAGUCGUGGCCGUCCACACUGAGUGACACAGACAGUGUCGGUGCAGCGAGUGGAUUGGGCUCCCCGACAUCCAGUACAGGAGACAUCUCAAAACCUUCAAGGCCAGUGUCUGCUACUACACUGUCAUCCAGUGAAGAUUUAGACGACAGAGAUGGAGCCAUAACCCCGUUUGAACAAAGUAUAAAUGGCAUCGAACAGGAGAGCUCGGCCCCCACGGGACCAUUCAGAAAUGUUGGAUUAUCUAAAGCAGCUAAAACCCAUCGUCUGCGCAAACUCCGAACACCAUCAAAGUGCAGAGAGUGCGACAGCUACGUUUAUUUCCAGGGUGCAGAAUGUGAGGAGUGUUUUUUGGCAUGUCAUAAGAAGUGUCUGGAGUCGCUGGCGAUUCAGUGCGGUCAUAAGAAGCUUCAGGGUCGCCUGCAGUUGUUCGGCUGCGAUUUCUCUCAGGUCCUGCAGGGCGACAAGGAGGGCGUUCCCUUCAUCAUUAAGAAAUGCAUCACUGAGAUCGAGGGGAGAGCACUCCGAAUGAAGGGAAUCUAUCGUGUGAAUGGAGUGAAGACCCGUGUGGAGAAGUUGUGCCAGGCGUUUGAAAACGGCAAAGAGCUGGUGGAGCUUUCUCAAGCGUCUCCCCACGACAUCAGCAACGUGCUCAAACUCUACCUCAGACAGCUCCCAGAACCAAUCAUGCCAUUCCGGAUGUAUAAUGAUCUGAUGGGACUGGCGAAGGAAAGCCUGCAGUCAUACUCCGAGGUGGGUGAGGGGGUCAAGGGGCCGGAGCUGGUGGAUCGAGGGUCAGAAACAGAACCGGAGGUGCAGACGCUGGUAGAGAAACUCAGAGAGCUGCUGAAGAGGCUUCCUCAAGCUAACAUCACCCCACUGAGAUACAUCAUUCAGCACCUGCGCAGAGUAUCUGAACUGGAGCAGGAUAAUAAAAUGAGCGCCAGUAAUUUAGGUAUCGUGUUCGGCCCGACGCUGAUGAGACCCAAACCCACCGGGGCGACGGUGUCUCUCUCGUCUCUGGUGGAUUACCCUCAUCAGGCUCGCAUCAUUGAAGCUCUGAUCAUCUUCCAACACAACAUCUUCAUCUCCACUGACACGCCAUCAUCCUCUUCCUCGCUCACCUCUCCAACACAGCGCCAGGAAUUCGAGACUGAAACUCAUGAAGAGAAAAACAGAGCCGAUCCGGAAUGUGGUCAUUCGGUGGGUUCGUCUGGUUCUCAGGACCGUUCUCUGGACUCAGACUCUGAUGGAGACGAUCUGGAGAGAGGAGGUAAACGACGCCCCCCUCUGGUGAGUCAGGAGAGCGAGACCAGCACUGAGGAAGACCAGCUGAGUCCCAGAGUGAGUCUGGACCUGAGCGGACUCGUUCCAGAGACCAUCCCAGAGCAGACCGGUGGGACAGAAGAUACAAACACUGAGCAGACCUCAGAACAGGAAUUUAAAGAGAUCAAAAUACAUGCCAACAAUGACCAAAUAGCAGAGGAAUAAUAUUAAAAUCAAAAAGGUAAUCCAAAAAUGAAAACGGCCAUCAUUUAUUUCACCCUCAUGGAAUAGCCGAUGAUGGACGUUAUUUGCAGCUUUUUGUAUUUCCUGAAUGUAAUUAUAUGACUCUAUUCUACACGGACCAACAUGUUCUCAGCUCAUCUAAGCAUAUCAUUUAAUAAGAUCCCAAUGUAAAAGUUCCCGUAUAUUUUGUUGACCGUAACGUCAAGGAUGUGUCUCUUUUAGGAACUAGUAACAUUUGUAUUAUUAAAUAUUUAUUAUAGCGGGCCCCCCUGGCAUUGACGCUCACUACCACCCCUGGAGUCACGAGUUCGAAUCCAGGGCAUGCUGAGUGACUCCAGUCAGGUCUCCAUAGCAACCAAAUUGGCCCGGUUGCUAGGGAGGGUCUGGGUAUUUCUGAGUAUUGACGCUAGCUAUCACACCUGGAGUCGCCAGGGUGUGCUGAGUGACUCCAGUCAGGUCUCCUAAGCAACCAAAUUGGCUCAGUUGCUAGGGAGGGUAGAGUCACAUGGGGUAACCUCCUAGUGGUCACUAUAAUGUGGUUCUCGCUCUCAACGGGGCGCGUGGCGAGUUGUGCGUGGAUGCCGCGGAGAACAGCAUGAAGCCUCUACACGUGCUACGUCUCCAUGGUAACACAUUCAACAAGUCACAUGAUAAGAUGCACGGGUUGACGGUCUCAGGCGCGGAGGCAACUGAGAUUCGUCCACUGCCACCCGGAUUGAGAGCGCAUUGGGAAUUGGGCGUUCCAGAUUGGGGAGAAAAUAAAAAUAUUUAUUCUAAAUAACAACUACGCACUGUUUUUUUGUUUUUUUUAGAUGGCCUUUGUUCAUUCUAAGUGUGUGUAUGAGUUGUAAUGUUCGGUCCCAGUGUAACAGCCGUACUGCUGGUCAGUGUGCUGGUUUUAAUGGUUCUCGCAUUUUUUUUAAAGGGAUACUGUCGCGUCUGUUUCAUUACUGAUGUUAAAUUGCAGGAGGGCUGUACAGUGUAACUAAACAUUAUCAUUAAAAGGAAUAUUCGGUGUUCAAUACAAGUGAAGCUCAAUCGGCAGCACUUCUGGCAUAAUAUUGAUUUGCACAAAAACGUAUAUUUCGACUCAUCCCUCAUUUUCUUUUAAAAAAAAAAAAAAGCACAAAUAUGUGUUCCAUUGACGGUCUGGGUGUCUCAGUGAGUAUUGACGCUGACUAUCACACCUGGAGUCGCUAGUUUGAAUCCAGGGCGUGCUGAGUGACUCUAGCCAGGUCUCCUUAGCAACCAAAUUGGCCCGGUUGCUAGGGAGGGUAGAGUCACAUGGGGUAACCUCCUCGUGGUGGUGAUAAGGGGUUCUCGCUCUCAAUGGGGCGUGUGGUGAGUUGUGUGUGGAUCGUGGAGAGUAGCAUGAGCCUCCACAUGCUGUGGUGUCAUGCACAACGAGUCACAUGAUCAGAUGCUGCGGAUGCUGCAAAGAAUAGCAUGAAUGGUCUGCACUUAUAUAGCACCUUUUUAACCUUAGCUGUAUACCUUCACCCAUUCACACUGAUGACAGCAGAGCUGCCAUGUAAGGUGCUAGCCUGCCAUUGGGAGCAACUUGGGGUUCAGUGACUUGCCCAAGGACACUUUGGCAUGUGGAGUCAUGUGGGCCGGGAUUCGAACCACCAACCCUGCGAUUAGUGGCCGACCCACUCUACCAACUGAGCCACAGCCACCCCACACGCUACGUCUCCACCCGGAUCGAGUCACUACGCCACCACGAGGUCUGCAUUGGGAAAUGUAAACCCUGUAAUCCAACUAUUUAAACAAGUUUUAACAGAAGAAUUAAUGCAAGUGUUUUUAUAAUAUUAUAAGCUUCACAUUUCUGCCUUUAAACGCUGUAAAAAUAAACCCCAUUGACUUCCAUUGAGCCCGGAAUAUUCCUUUAAGUGUGCUCAUAAAUUCAACCUCAAACUAAGAGUGCGACUGAUAAACACGUAACAUCACAUCAAGUCGAAGUCAUUUAGUAAAUUCUGAAACUGCAUGUAUAUAUUUGAUGGAAAUCCAAUAAAAUGUGUAAGUUGUGCU